AUGGACAAACUGUUCUCUCCAGUCAAAGUUGGUAGCAUAACAAUCAAAAACAGAUUUAUGCGUUCUCCAUGUUUCAUGAACGGCUGUGAUGUUGAUGGAUUACCAAAGCCAUGGUUAUUAAAGUACUAUAAAGACAUGGCCGAUGGACAAAUGGGUCUUAUUAUCCCAGAAUACCUCUAUGUUCAAAGGAGUGGUCGUGCCUGCGAAGGUCAAGGCGGAAUGGAAAAUGAUAAACAAGCUGAAGCAUGGAAAUCAACAGUUGACUACAUGCAUAAGCGUGGAACAAAGACAUUAUUCCAGAUUGCCGAUGCCGGUUUAACUACAGAAUUCAGAUUCACUGGUGAAAGACCAAGAGGUCCAUCUCCACUUCAGCCAGGCUCAAGAGCAAUGACACUUAUGGAAAUAUCUGAAGUUAUCGAUAAGUACAGGCAAUGCGCCAAGCGUCUCCAACAAGUUGGCGUUGAUGGAAUUGAACUCCACGGCGCACAUGGAUAUCUUAUUUCCAGCUUCUUGUCACCAAUGACAAACCACAGAGAAGAUCAAUACGGUGGCAGCCCAGAAAACAGAAGAAGAAUCCUUGUUGAGAUUGUUGAUGCAAUCAGAAAGGAAUGUGGCAAAGAUUUCGUCAUUGGCAUCAAGAUUAAUGGUGAUGACUGCAAGGCUGGUAAUCCAGGAAUCAUGCCAAACGAUUUGGCUGCUACAAUGGCUGCAAUUCCAGAUAUGGACUUAUGGGAAGUCUCCUGCGGCUUCCAGGAAGCUUCCACAACAAUCAGAUCUACAAACAGAAUAAUGCGCCGUAAGGACUUCCCACUUAAGGAAGGUUACAACGUUCCAAUUAUUACAAUCGUCAGAAAGACUACAAAGGCUGCAAUUGGUGUUGUUGGCGGUAUCAGAAAGACAGAAACAAUGAUCAAAGCACUUGAAGAAGGUGCUGACCUUAUUUCUUUAGGACGUCCAACAAUUGCAGAUACACAUGUAGUUCAGCAUAUCCGUGAGGGCAAGAAGAUGAAAUGCAUCUCAUGCGGACAAUGCAUCAUGAAGGGUGAACAACAAGUUAAGUGUUGGAUCUAA